AGUCAAGUGUUUUUUUUCCUCACAGUAUUAUGAAUGGGACGUCUGAUAUUUAAUUUUUGUCUCCUACAAGUCAUCAAUUAAGCACGGUCCAUAAGGUGUGGACACAGCGCAUUCUUUUGAACGACCCAAAAAUCCAAGAUGUCUGCGAGCGCCGUUUACGUCUUGGAUUUAAAAGGAAAGGUGCUGGUGUGCCGGAACUACCGAGGCGAUGUGGACAUGUCCGAGAUCGAGCACUUCAUGAGCCUCCUGAUGGACAAAGAGGAAGAGGGCACACUUUCUCCCAUCCUGGCUCACGGUGGAGUGCGUUUCAUGUGGAUCAAGCACAAUAACCUCUACUUGGUUGCUACAUCCAAGAAAAAUGCCAGUGUUUCCUUGGUUUUCUCUUUCUUGUACAAAAUUGUCCAGGUUUUUUCAGAGUAUUUCAAAGAACUGGAAGAAGAGAGCAUCCGAGAUAACUUUGUCAUCAUUUAUGAGCUGAUGGACGAGCUGAUGGACUUUGGUUACCCUCAGACUACCGACAGCAAGAUUCUGCAAGAGUAUAUAACUCAGGAGGGGCACAAACUGGACACGGGUGCCCCCCGCCCUCCCGCCACAGUCACCAAUGCUGUUUCGUGGCGCUCAGAGGGCAUCAAGUACAGGAAAAAUGAAGUUUUCCUGGAUGUCAUUGAGUCGGUCAACCUGCUGGUCAGUGCCAACGGUAACGUUCUACGCAGCGAGAUUGUUGGUUCUAUUAAGAUGCGUGUUUUCCUGUCCGGAAUGCCAGAGUUGCGACUGGGCCUCAACGACAAGGUUCUGUUUGAAAACACCGGACGAGGGAAGAGUAAAUCAGUGGAGCUGGAGGACGUGAAGUUUCAUCAGUGCGUCCGUCUGUCUCGCUUUGAGAACGACCGCACCAUCUCCUUCAUCCCGCCUGAUGGCGAGUUUGAGCUCAUGUCCUACCGCCUCAACACUCAUGUGAAGCCGCUGAUCUGGAUUGAAUCCGUCAUUGAGAAGCAUUCUCAUAGUCGCAUCGAGUACAUGAUCAAGGCCAAAAGUCAAUUCAAACGCCGUUCCACCGCCAACAAUGUGGAGAUCCACAUUCCCGUGCCAACAGACGCCGACUCUCCCAAGUUCAAGACCACAGUUGGCAGCGUCAAGUGGGUGCCUGAGAACAGCGAGAUCGUCUGGUCCAUCAAGUCCUUCCCUGGCGGGAAGGAGUAUUUGAUGCGAGCCCACUUUGGUCUCCCGAGUGUGGAAGCUGAAGAUAAAGAGGGGAAGCCCCCAAUCAGUGUCAAGUUCGAGAUCCCCUACUUCACCACCUCCGGCAUCCAGGUGCGCUACCUGAAGAUCAUUGAGAAGAGCGGCUACCAGGCCCUGCCAUGGGUGCGCUACAUCACCCAGAAUGGAGAUUACCAGCUCCGCACCCAGUAGGCAACGCCUCAGCCGGAUGGGGAUGGAGUCAGGCCGUCAAUCAGCCGCUUGUCUGCAGGUGUCACUCAAGAGACCAUGGGACGGUCUUUUUUUUUUUUUUGUUAAAUGAUCAUUUCAAAUAGUCUAAGGAGGGACGUUUCACAGGAAAGCGUUAUUUUUGUUUUUGCCAACACGGCCGUGUCGAGCAGGAGUCAUGUUUACAUGCGGCGUCAUCCGUAGGUCACACAAGUGUUACAUUCUUUCGCCGUCAUCGCCUCACACACACACACACACACACACACUCACCUCUUUGUUGAUUGUUUGUAUAUAUUAGCUACAUAUCCAUGAGGUCGUAACGUAAGCCAAUUAUUGUCUCUCUGUGGAGCGACGCCAUCAGACUUGCAUAAAAGACAAAUUGUCCUACUCAAGUUGCAUGGAAGUGAUUCCUAACAGUUACAAACCCCUUUCCAUAUGUAUCCCAAACCCUUUAUUAUCAUUAAAUGUAUAUUUAGAGAAAA